UAAAUAUGGAUACACGUACAAGCCUUAGAAUUGAAUCACAUGAUCAUGCUAACAGCAGCAAUAUGAAUCAAAACUCUAAAAGUUGUAAAGUGAUGUCAAAGUUGCUGCUUCCUGAUGAUUUAAUGAUUCAUAUCUUUCAUUUUGUUCCUAUUCUUUGCCUUAUUAACUCUGCAAGGUAUGUUUCCAAACAUUUUUCUUCUACUAUUGCCACCUCCACUUUUACUCAUGUGUAUGAACGUCCGGCGCGUUCUAAACCCGGUCUUUAUGUUGAAAAUCACAAGUCACACAUAGAUUCUUAUUUCUUGGAAUUUAAAGGUGAUUUGAAUGGCCAAUUUGAAAGGAAUGAUUUGGGAACACCUCCAAAAAUGGGAUAUUUAAUAGAUACUUGUCAUGGUAUAUUGUUGCUUUCGAAUGCAGCUGGACAACAUUUUGUUGUGAACCCCAUCUUCAAGUCCUGGCUUAGAAUUCCCUGUUUUCCCAUUUCAAAACAUCAUAUAAGAGUUAGGAGUCAAUGUACUAUAACACGUGUUCCUCGCAAUGCCAAAUUUAAGCUUUUCUAUGCAGAUGUCCUUGAGGUUUCGAGUGCUUGUUGGUAUGUUUUCUAUGUGCUAAGAAUUGGAAUUGAUAGCUCAUGGAAAGAGAUAGCUAGAAAAGAAGCUCCACUUGAUUGCUAUGUAUUAUGGAAACCACUCUAUAACGGAGGCAAUGAUCUGUAUUGGAUAACAAUAGAGGAAAUUAUUAUGAUGGAUGUUGACAAGGAAAUUAUUGUACGACAAUAUCCACUUCAUGCUAGAACCAGGUUUCAUGUUUGGAAUCCAAAAUAUUUAUGGAUAGGAGAUUUCCUUUCUUGCAUUGUGACUGGAAAUUCGUUUUCAACAUACAAAAUCUACAUUUUGGAUCUUGAUUCAGGAAAAUGGUCUCUUUAUCAUGAGAUGGGACCUUUUGAUUAUUUGGCUGCUUAUGGUCAUAAUCUUAAUCCUAUAAGUGUGUCAUUUCGUUUGUGGAUCAACAAUCAAAUUAUCUUUCGAGUAGGUAUGCAUCAAAAUUAUUCACGCAAAAACAUUCAUUUUGGUUACAACGUGAAGACCAAACAGUUGACAAAGAUUGAGGACGUUGACAUGGGAGAUUUUGAAGUAUGGCUUCACACUAACAGUCUAGUUUCUCUGCCAACUACUCCCGCAUAGCUAAGUUUCGCUUAUUAUGGUGAAUGCUGAGUCUUGAGAUGAAUCUUGUGUUUCUUAUCCUAUUUAUAUUUCAGUCGCAUACUUAGGCUUGUAAUU